AGGGCCAAAUUCGAAUUUUAUAUAUUUUAAAAUUUUCAAUUUGACCCCAUUUCUUCUUUUCUUUUCUUCCACGCCCCGCCGUCGCCGCCCGCCGGUCAAAGUCGCCGGAAAAUGAACUUUUUCCGAUUCCGGCGGGACCAAUGUCAUUCUCUUCGUCUUGAGACGAGGAUCAAUAAUAUCCAAACCAUUUUGUCUAAUUUGGCCUCUUCUUUCUCGACGAAGAAGAAGAAUACUCGGAGAGACAAGACAUAGAGAUUGUUCAAUUUCCCGGGCUUGCCACCGCCAAAAUUGCUGAUUGAUUGAAGAUAUAUAAGGCUGCGUGCAGGAGGGGAAUUCAGCCGGGAUUGAUUUUCUCUCCCUUUUUUUUGAUUUUUUUUUAAUUUCAAAGAAAGAAAGAAAAAAAACAAGGGUUUUGGUUUUGCAAAAUCCGGAAUUGGUAAAAGAAUUUAUGAUGCCAUUGAAGAAGAAUGAACAGAACUCAACGCCCAAUGAUUUACGGCCAUUGAACAUCGGCAGCAGGACGCUUCCAGAAGAUCCUCGCAUCUCUCCGGCCACGUCUUCCGGCAGGCCAAUCGACGGGUACUUCGCGUCUCACCACCCGCGGGAUGCCAAUCCCGGCGGCGGGACCAUACCCGUGGUGUAUUAUCCCGCGAGUGGGCCCAGUGAUGCCGGAUAUGUGGGGCUAGGGUUUAGCAACGCCCCUCCCGCCGUGGCCAGGUGGGUCCAACAGGUCGCCCCCCCAACCCCCGUUGUGGCUGCCGCGACCCCUAGUCUUGGAUUCAGUCAGAACUCUCCCAAUAGUUUCAACACACAGUACUCCAGCUGUGCAUCCGAUCACGCCAGCGACGAAGGGGGCGGCGGCGGCGAUGAAUCCGCCCCCGGUAGGAAACUGAAGUUUUUGUGCAGUUUCGGAGGGAAAAUAUUGCCCAGACCGAGUGAUGGAGCUUUGAGGUAUGUGGGAGGCCAAACGAGGAUCGUCAGCCUCAGAAGGGACGUGAGCUUCCCUGAACUGGUAAAGAAGCUCACGGAUACAUGUGGACGGGACGCGGUGAUAAAGUACCAAUUGCCAGACGAGGACCUCGACGCCCUCGUCUCCAUCUCAUGCCCAGAUGAUUUUGAGAACAUGAUGGAUGAGUAUCAAAAGCUGGUUGAGAGAUCAUCCGACGGAUCCGCUAAGCUCAGGGUGUUUCUGUUCCCAACCUGCGACGUUGAUUCCCCUGCUGCCGCAACUAUUCACUUUGCCGACAUGCAGGAUAGCCGGCAGCGGUAUGUGGAUGCCGUGAACGGAAUCAGUGAUGGCGGAAUUAGCGGCGGUAUAACGAGAUUGAACAGUGUUUCGACUCAGAACUCGGACGUUAGUAGCGUUGAGGUUGGUGAUUGCCAUGGUCAUCCAGACAUCAUCGCAAGGUCACCAUCUUCUGAUGCAAUUUCUGAGCAGGAUGGGGCUUCGAGAAUGGCGUGCAAUGAUGCGAGUAGUAGUAGUAGCCCCGCGGUUUAUGUGAACACUACUUCUUGUGGCAUUCCCAUGGUUAUGACUGGUCCUUCCACUCCUUUUGCUGCUGCAUCUGAACAUUUAUCCAAUAAGCCUUUGCCUGUUGCUGCUGCCUUACUGCAGCAAGAAACAGCAGGCUAUGAUCUGAACCAACAGGCAGGAGUGAGUUUCCCAAUGCCAUCGCCACAUGUGCCACCUUAUGUGGAUCACCAGAUGGGCCUUCCAGCGCAGCUCAUGGGCACGGUUGGGCCCGUGUACUCUCACCAUCAACAGUUUGUUCCUGCAGUUCACACCACAAUGAGUAGUAACAAAUUGGUGCCUAUGUUUCAACCCCAACAGACUACAGUGUUGGGCGGGCCACAUCAUGGCUUGCACCAUCAUCACAACCUUGUUCCUUAUUCUCCACCACUACAGGUGUUGGUUUCUGAAGCGCAGGUGGUGACUCUUGCUCAUCCGAUGCCCCGGUGUGAUGACUGUCACAUGUGCCAAAAAUCAUUGCCUCAUGCACAUUCAGAUACCGUUGCACAAGACAAGAGGGGUAGCCCGGUUAGCAGCAGCAUCAUAUCUGAUCCCUUUAAACUUCCCAGGGCUGCCACUUCUGGAGCCCUUUUGGAGUGCCCUCAAUCUAAUGUUACGACGCAAUACCGUCCGGAGGCAGUGGCUAGUAAUGCAGUUCCGAGUGAUCUCUUUGUUGCUGGCAUGCGUCUGCCCACAACUACAGAAUACCUUACCCGUGAAUCACCUAAUAACUACACUGAUGGGAAUGGAUCAUCACUAUCUGCAUCACGUGAAUUAGGAGGAGGUGCACAGGAAAGUGCAAAUUCACAGUUCAGCAACCAAGACCCAUGGAGGAUGCAGCAUCACGAUGCUCGUUUCUCUCUUCAACCCAACAAACUUCAAGUGAGAAAGGACCCAGUGGAUGACAAGGGCUUCCUUAAGGACAAUACUUGUAGCUAUUUGGACAUGGAUUUUGGGUUGGAACAUGUUUCGUCCAACAAAGGGGAGGAACUAAUGAUCAAGCAGGAUCUUCAGACUGUUGCUGAAGACGCAGCUGCUUCUGUUCUUCCUUCAUCUUCUACCCCGAAUAAUGGGAAGGGCUCCUCUCCAUCUACAAGUGAACGGAGUGGUGUAGUCCAGAUUGGUCAAGGAGAAAGGCAAUAUAGAGAUAAACUCGAGGAAGUGAAAACAAAACUUCCGGUGAAGGAAAGUUUUGGUUCUCCGGGUGACGUUGGGAGCUUACAGAUUAUAAAGAAUAGUGACCUUGAAGAGAUUAGAGAGUUGGGAUCAGGAACUUUUGGCACUGUUUAUCAUGGAAAGUGGAGAGGGACUGAUGUUGCAAUCAAAAGAAUUAAUGACAGGUGUUUUGCUGGAAAACCUUCAGAACAAGACCGCAUGAGGGAUGACUUCUGGAAUGAGGCAAUCAAACUUGCAGACUUGCACCAUCCCAACGUUGUUGCUUUCUAUGGGGUUGUGCUUGACGGACCUGGAGGUUNGAAUGGAGUUGGUGAUUUGGGGCUGUCCAAAGUGAAAUGCCAGACAUUAAUCUCAGGUGGGGUGAGAGGAACUCUCCCUUGGAUGGCACCUGAACUUCUCAAUGGCAGCAGCAGCCUUGUCUGCGAGAAGGUUGAUGUGUUUUCAUUUGGAAUUGUGAUGUGGGAACUUCUGACUGGGGAAGAGCCCUAUGUGGACUUGCACUAUGGCGCCAUAAUUGGUGGUAUAGUGAACAACACACUGCGGCCGCGUGUACCGGAAACUUGCGACGCAGAUUGGAAAGCACUGAUGGAGAGAUGCUGGUCUGCAGAACCAUCGGAAAGGCCAACAUUCACGGAGAUUGCCAACGAGUUGCGAGCUAUGGCAGCCAACUUCCCCGCAAAAUCCCCACCCCAACAACCUAGGACUUAAUCGUAGGCACUAACAUCUUUUAUUUAUAGCACCCUUCUUCACUUCUGUUUUCCAACUGAUUUGAUCAGUGUCAAAACUUACAUAGCUGAUAGCUAGGAAAUUAAAAGUCAAACUGUCCUUAGGGCCAUUAGGAAAAAAAAGAUCAAUUAGAAUUAUAUUGUUUUUAUCCCUCAAUCAAGUUUCAUGUGAAUA